AUGCCUGCUGAUAAGAACCUAUUACUUGCAUAUCCACGAGAGGCGUGGUCUAGCAGUGGUUCUCUUAACUACAUCUUAGUCUUUGGAGACUCCUACUCUGCUCAUGAUGCCACUUGGAUCGGUCAUCUUACUCGCUCAAACCUUCUGGAAACCGUGCCCGACGUACAGAUCCACGCUUUUGACGGCGCUAGCGUAGAGGAGGACUUGGAUAGCCAGAUCGCUCGCUUUCACGCCACAGCGAAGACGUUCGCGGCAGACCAAACGACGUAUUUCUUCUUCUUAGGCAUCAACGACUGCGGGCAGACCGACACAGACGACCUCGACUCAAUUGUCGAACUCCUUCUUGAUGCUGUGCACAACCUCUACGUCAAGGACGGCGCUCGCAACUUCGUCUUCUUCGAUGUACCACCGACAGACAGAUCGCCAGGAGCAAUAGCUAUCGAGUCCGAGGAGACCAUGAUCAACCGUACGACGGCAUGGAACGACUCCCUCCGACGCCGCGUCGGAGAGUUCGCGGAAGAAACACCGCGCGCGAGCGUCUUCCUGUUCUCUACGCACGCUGUCCUUAGCUCGAUACUCGACGAUCCGAGCCUGCACGGCUUUACGUCUGACGAUAUCGCACGAGAAGGCGGGGCGAUUUGGGAGGAUGAAUUGCAUCCGACGACGGAGGUGCACGCAAUCAUAGCCGACAAGCUUGCGCAUGCAUUAGUCGGCGACGGUUUAGAGUGA